GGCAAGGGCCUCAGUGGCUGGAGCAUUAGACAGCAGAGGGCUGGGUUGCACUCCUGACUCUGCCCCUGCUUUGGUGGAUGACCACUGGGGCUCACUGUAUGACAUUCCCUCCUCUGCUGCAAAUGGGUAAAUGAUGCUGCCCCCUCCAAAACCUAGGGUUGUCAGAUGAGAACAGCCUGGUGCCUUUUACAUUCACUUUGACUGGGAUAACGGACUAUACAAAUGAAGGAGGCUGUAAAGAGCCUCCUGUCUCCUUUUCACGGCUGCCUUGCAGUGGGGCUGCCAGUGCUUGCCCGCCUGGCAAGUCAGAACAUGCUUGGUCCCCAGCAGACCGACAGUAGAAGAUGGCCAAGCUGCAAGAGCCUGGGGAUGCUUUGGGGGAGGGCAUUUUGGUGGCUCCCGAGCUGGAUGGAUCUCGCCUUGCAGGCAACAGGCUUAACCUGGAUGUUUAUCCUGACGGCUGUCACCAGUUUCUUGACCUGUUUGACAAGCGAAGGAAGGAGGUGACUCAGGUGGAGUUCCUGCGGUUGAACUGCAAUGAGGACCCCAUAGCCUCCACGCUGGCCAUCCUGCCUGCCCUGAGGAGCCUGAAAUCCCUGGUCCUCAAAGGUGGACAUGCCCAGGAUGAAUUUGGUGCAUGUCAGAGAGGCUCCCUGACAACCUUGCCUCCCAGUUUUGGAAACCUCAUGUGCCUCACUCACCUGGAUCUCAGCUUCAAUAGCUUCUCCAGCUUACCCAGCUGCAUCACCCAGCUUGCCAACCUUGGUGUACUUGUGGUAAGCCACAACUUCUUGGUGGGGCUGCCUGAGGACUUUGGUCAUCUCACUAAGCUGACUGUCUUCUCCGCCAUAAAAAACCAUCUCAGGGAUCUGCCUCAGAGCAUUGGGGAGCUGGUAGCACUGCAGAAUCUGGACUUAUCUGAGAACACACUGGAAAGCCUCCCUGAGGAAAUUGGGAAUCUUUACAAUUGCGUGGAGCUGAAUCUCUCAGGGAACCAGUUAACUCAUGUCCCCGACUCACUAGCCAAUUUGACAUCUCUGCAGCAGCUGCAUCUUCACAGCAAUCUCCUAGUGACAGUCCCUGCAUCCCUCGCCAACCUUCCCAACUUGUUCGGGCUUGACUUGCAAAACAACAGGCUCCGCUACAUCCCCCCUGAGAUCCAGAGCAAACCUUUCGUACGUCUCCGAGGCAAUCCUCUAGGAGAACCUGAGAUGCCCCUGAUGGCUGAUGAAUCCAGCUCAGAAGAGUUACAAAGGCUGGUCCUGGCACCGGAUGAGAGCAGCUUUACCGUGACACCCAAAGGCUGCAAAGCUCUCCUGGCCUGCGGCAUCCGGCUUUACUUCCCCCCUGGGGCUGCCACCACCUCUAUCACAAUCCAUUUCCAAACACUCGUUCCUGACCCACAGUGGGUGAAGCUGAGGCAUCAUGAUAUCCUGUUGAGCAAAGUCCUGGAGCUACAGCCUCAUGGGCUUGAAUUCCAGCAGGAGGUGCAGAUCUGCAUGCCUUACGCCUCCCCUCAAACCAUUCACGAGCGAGAGGUGGUGGUUCGGACCUUCAGUGGGCAGAGCUGGAGUGACUUGGGAACGAAACUGAAGUGGAAAAGAAAGACAAAGAAGCACAUGGCACUCUGUAGUGUCCCUCACUUCUCCUGGUUCCUGGUCAUCUCUCAACUCGUGGAGAAUAAGUGCAGCGUCCCACGGGAGGGCACAUUGCUCUUUUCCACAGUGGAUCCGAACAUUAAGGUGACCUUCCCUCCUGGAGUCACUGAGAAGCCUCGGACGAUCAGGUUGCAGGUAUUGCCAGUGUCACUGGACGACCUGAAGGAGAUCAUGGGUGAUCCAGAAUCCAGAGCCAGUGCUCUUCUCUGUCUCUCCCAGAACUCCUCUCUGGAUUUCCUGAGGCCAGUUAAAGUUCAGCUACCAUUACCACCUGGAGUCACAGGUUUAGAUCUAACUUUGGAUCGUUCCAGAGUACAUCUUCUUCAUGGUGACCUCCAAGCCCAAACUUGGGAUGACAUCACAGAUCAGGUGGUGCUGGAGUUUACUCAUCUCUAUGUAAUAUUUGAAGUCACCCACUUCUCAUGGUACUGGUUAUGGUAUACCACCAAGAAGUACAUCGGUGGUAUUGCCAAGAAGGUCUAUGAGAGGUUGCGCAUGUACCAGGUGAACUUCAUUGCUCUGCAGAGGAAAAAAGACCCUGAGCAAGUCUUGCUGCAGUGUGUCCCCAAGCACAAGGUUGAUCCAGUUCUGAAAAAGCUUCAGGACCGAUACAGAGGACCAGAGCCAUCAGACAUGGUAGAGAUGUUUGAGGGAGAGCAGUUCUUUGCAGCCUUUGAACGAGGCAUCAAUAUUGAUGCAGACCGCCCAGACUGCAUGGAUGGCCGGCUCUCAUUCAUCUUUUACUCCCACUUAAAGAACAUGAAGGAAAUCUACGUGACCUCUGCAAUGGAUAGGAAAGACCAAGCUGUGAAAGGCCAGGUCUCCUUCUAUCGAGGAGCAGUUCCAGAGAAUGUGCCCGAAGAUGCCAGCAGGAGGAGGAAAGGGCCCGAUUCCCACUGGCUGGCUACUCUGCCACUCAGACUGCCUAAACUGAAAUUGCGCCAGGGUGACCCCUCAAAUGGCUUCUCCUUCCCUCCUCUAAAUCUGGGGAAUGAAGAGACUGGCUACCUGACGCAAGCUAAUCUGCUUAGCAUUGCCAGGCGCAUUGGAGCUGACUGGCAGACCAUCGGGUUGAACUUGGGGCUGACUUAUCAGCAGAUUGAACGGAUAGGGUACAACAACAGGGAGGACCUGGACAAGCAGAUCUUGAACAUGUUAUUCUCCUGGGCCCAGCAGAACUCUGAGGACCAAAACUGUGUGGAGAAGCUGGUCACAGCCAUGAAAGAGAGUGGCCGCCAGGACAUUGCUGAUGAGAUUGAGGCUAUUAUUGACCUGGGGAGGCAAAAAUACAGAGAGUCCAUCCGUCGGGUAGGGCUGGACCAGGGGAGCAGCACUGAAGACUCUGCAAUAGCUAUGGUGUAGCAGCCAGCAAUAGGAACUCUGCUUCCUACCGUGGUUGCCUACCUUGUGCACUGGAUAACAUGGCUACUCUGAUAAUUUCCAAUGGAGUGGGUGCUGUGAGCACCUACUACUGAUCCACUAUGCUCUGCUGAGACUAUGCUAGUAUGUGAUUUCUAUGAAGUUCACACAUGCCAAGUCUUUAUGUAUUUCAGCAUAUGGAAAAAGACCUUGGACUGUCAUGCCCUGAGUUCGGGGAUUCUGGCUUUAGGUUUUAGAGACAUGGAGAAACUCAGAGCCUCAGACACUGGCAUUUAAAUAAUAGAGAAAAUAGCUCUUAACUUUCUUUUGUUUUAAUAUAUAUUAGCGGUUCAUAUCCGUGCCAUAGUGGAUCAGCACUGAUA